AUGAAAGUCCAAACAUUUGAAUAUGAGCCGCUUCCUACUCCAACGUCAAUUCGGGUGGUCACGCUACUCCACGGCGAGUCCGACAUUACCGUGUUUGGAGUCCCCCUGACCCCAUUAUCUAUACAAGUCGUCGACCUCAAGGACAACCCGCGCUUCCAAGCUUUGUCAUAUACCUGGGGAUCACCCUUUCCUCCAGACCUACAGAGGUCCAAGGACUAUAGUCCAAAGAAUAAAUUCCCGGUCGCGAUCAACGGAGAGAUCUUCUUCUUGACGAGGAAUCUCUUCGAAUUCCUGCAGCGUCUGAAGACUCAGGAACUAUACAUAGAUCGGCGUACCAAGCCAUAUAACAAGACUCGUCUCAUCGAGGCAGCUGAGGCUGGCAGUGUCAACGAUGUCUACUUUUGGAUGGCCCGAGGCGCCGACCUGGCCGCGCAAGACAAGUUUGGAGAGACGGCUCUGCAUUACGCCGCAGAGAAUGGCUAUUUGGAGGUCGUCAAGAUACUUGUAGAGGCUGGUUCGGACCUGUACCGACGGGACUCCACAGGGCGGACCCCUCUCGAUUGUGCUAGAAUGCGGAAACGCCGCAGAUAUGCAGAGAUUAUCGAAUACUUGGAGCGACCCGAUAUCAACCACAUAGUCGGGAGUAAACCACGGCCACUCUCUCCGAUAGACAAUCAGCAGUUCUGGAUUGACGCAAUUUGCAUCAAUCAAGAUGAUAUCGCAGAGCGUAAUGCGCAAGUAGCCAUUAUGUCUAUGAUCUAUACAAAGGCCUCCGGGGUAUUCGUCUGGCUGGGCGUGGAUGAUGAGAGUACUAUGCGUGCCUUUGAGGCCACGCACCUUCCGUCUCAAGAAGGCAUUGGCAUGUGGUACAAUGAUGUAUUGCAAAACCAUGUCAUGGAGGACCCAGAAACGCGCGUCGCCAAGCAGGGGUCAAACGAGACCUCCCUGAAAUACCAGGCCGUCGUGAAUCUGUUUCGACGAACGUGGUUUCAGCGCGUGUGGAUCAUUCAAGAGAUAGCGUUGGCCAACCAGAUUCGAAUCUUCUGCGGCGGUAUCGAGUUCGAAUAUCACAAGUUAUUCAUCCUGUUUCACAACCCGAAUUUCGUUUCUCGUUUCACCAGCCGGUCUUUGGCCCAAGCCCUGGAGUUAGCCCGGUGGAGGGGAAUCGGAGGAAGUGAAGUGAGUACGUUGACUGACAUUCGACUCCGGACGUCAAAACACGUCUUUGAACGAACUGUGAUGGUUGAGUAUGUAAAAAAGAAUGGUAUCUCGCUGGUUCCCACUUGGGAGCACAAACUGAGUCUUUCGCUAUUAGCGAGUAAAGUUUGGCCAUUUCGAGCGACUGAUCCGAGAGACAAAGUCUUUGCAUUACUUGGUUUGUCCCGGCUAUCUGAUGGCCCUCAAAGGAGGAUAAUCGCCGAUUACACCAAGUCCACAUCCGAAGUAUUCAUCCACUUCGCCAAGAUAUUCAUGCAGGGAGCUUCCGAUGAGCCACUCCAGACGUGGCACACUGGGGAGUGUGAGGUGUUUGAAUGUCUCGAAGGCCUCUCGUUUGUACAGGAGAGUCCAGAUGUCUCUCGCAGGUUCGAUGGUCAGGCAUUGCCAUCGUGGGUCCCCAACUUCACUGCUCCGCUUAUAACCACACGUCUAUGGUCACCACGCUUCCGUGCAGGUGUUUACCCCGAUAGCUCUGCUGCAAUUCUGCCCCAUCAUGACCCCCAGACACUGCGGCUGAAUGGUGCCUUCCACGACGAAAUAGUCAGUGUGGAACCGCAAAUUGGCACAUUAACAGCUACAUCCUUUCGCCCACCAAACUGGCUAGGGCUAAUCUCAUCCAUGGACAAGACUUAUCUCCCAACAGGACAGAAUCGUGUUGAAGCACUUUGGCGGACCCUGAUGACCAACAAACUGUCGUCGACCUCAGACGAUCCGGUCCACAAUGCCCGGUCCUCGUUUCGCUUUUUCAUGCAAAAGGCCCUGUGGAGCCUUACGCAUCAAUCGGAUGAAGAGACCAUCACGAACCUCAAGCUCGUCCGCGAAACCGAUGAGAAUAACACACUACCGACUUGGGAGGAAAUACAGCAAUACGGGGCAAAGGACGAAGUGGGAGAGCCUCGCGGAAUGGUGAGGAUCGACGACCAUGACUUUGAUCAAACAUUUGUCCAUUUCUAUCGUGGCCGGUUACUUUAUCGAACGAAACGGGGGUACAUUGGGCUUGGCCCGUGGUCGGUGCAGGCUGGGGAUGAGGUAUGGGUGAUUGCCGGGGCACGAACGCCGUUUGUUCUGAGGAAGUCGUUAAUCGACAAUUCUUCGGAUACUGAAAGACGGAGUUUGAUUGGCGAGACAUAUGUCCAUGGGAUUAUGGACGGAGAGUUGAUCUCUAGUGCCCAGGUGUUUAAGCCUGUCUCACUUGUAUAG